GUCGGCGGCGGCGACCGCGGCAGACUGUGAGGGACGCUGUGCAGCUGCCGACUAGGGGAAACUGUGCGGCACCGGCCACUGGCGCGGAGCGGGCGUGCCAGAGUCUGGAGUCGGUCGAAGCUGGAGCGUGAUACAUUUCAGUCUCACGGUAGCUGACAGUGAGCUGCCCUGCUGUAGCUGCGGCAGGCGCUGUGCCUUGUGCAACGAGCAGCGCUGCCAUAGUCGGCGGCAGUCCUGUGGUAGCCUCGGUCUGCACUGAGCCCCGAGCAGCCAUGUCCGCCAUGGAGACCACGUUCACCGUGCGCACCGACACCGACAACGACGCCAUGCAGGUGCCCGACGGCAUCGAGACGGUCGUCGUCAACGACGACGCCGAGCAGGUGAUCGUGCCGCCGGGCGUCCAGAUCAUCCGCCUGCAGGUGUCCAGCAACCGCGGCGGCCACAGCCAGCCCAGCUCCAGCUCACUCCGCGACCUGCUCGACGAUUACACGCGCGCCGAUCACUCUGCCGGCACCGACACGACGCGCGUCAAACGGUCAACGGCGACGGGCACCGCGCGAGCGCCGGCGAUGGCCGAGAAGUCGCUCUCGCUGCCCAGCUGUCCGCCGACGCCGCCCGGCUCUCGAUCCGCCGGAACCGACGCGCCUGACUUCCGCGCGGCUGUGAGACCUCCUCCGACAGCGGAGACCAUUUCGGAGCCGGUCAGCCCAGUGACCGCCCCGCCGACGAGUCCAGUGACCGCUACUACGGCCAGUCCGGUGACCUCUCCCCCAACCAGUCCGGUGAGCGCCCCUCCGGCCAGCCCGCCGAUGGCCCCGUCAGCACCCGCAGAGGAGGCGCCCCCGACUGACAUUUUCAACGACAGCACGCUGAAGGUUGACCGCGAGCGGAUCAUCAACCAGCAGCCGGCAUCGGCGUCCGUGCCCAACGGUCGUCUGGUGCGGUACGCCGGCGAGACGGAGCCGGAAAUGAGGGACCCGCUGGUCGGUCACGGCUCGACCAAGAUGAGGAAACUCGACUCAUUCGGCUGGAGAGAGGAGUUCGAGAGGGGAGAGAAAGAGAGCAAGCCGACCAUUCAGAAGUUUGGCCGAGCCGUGGCGGACAUUAUGUGCUGCUGGCUCGGAGUGUGAACUGGAGGCUAUAUGUAUAGUCUGGCUCUAACAGGAGUAGGACCAGAGCCAUGCUGCGGGAGCGCUGGUCCCGUCGUUUGUUAUUUAUGGACUUGCAGGCGCGGGGGCGGGGAGGUGACGAUGGACAGUGCAGGAGGGGAGACGAGCAGAGCCAGCGCGGACGGACGGGCGCUCUGUCGCGCCGCGGGCUCCUGCGGUGGGCGGCGCGAUCGCCUGGACCGGGCCGUGACGUCACCGGCGAGGCGCUCCGCUCGCCGUACGAGCUGCUGUUCAGGGCCCUGCCCAGGACGGAAUUUGGACGCAGAGCCUCGUGUGACCUUGCGAUUGGUGCACCUUUCGCAUAGUGAAUGGGCGGUCCGACCGAGGAAUGCAUGCGAUGGAUUCAAUUAUUUUUCGCUAAUAGGUCAAUCUCAUUUUUAUAUAACUCGGCUAAAACGUUGAAAAGUUUUAUUUUUGUAAUAUUUCUUUAAACAGAAGAUACUAUAAAAUGAUGGAUAGGUACCUAUUGUAAUUUUGGUAUGCACGACGUUUGUUACCGCAGUAAGGUUAAAGGUCAAUGCCUAAGAAUUGCAAGGAAGUUAUCUGUCGCUGGCAACCGAUAGACGCUGAACUAUUUCGACUUCAAAACAAUUAUUUAAAAUGGAGCUUUGGCCAAAUUAUGGUUAAAUAAAAUUGAAUCGAAAUUGGCCUCCCACCCCACACGAUCAGUUGUUUAGGAUCGUCAUUGCCAGCAUUUGCCCCGCUCCACUUUAAACGUUUUGCUGAUCAUUGAAAUAUGUGCGCUUUUCGGUGCAAAAUUCAAGGGUUGUAGGUACGAUCUACCGCUCACUCGGCCCGUAACUUACCCAAUGAUCGUCCUGUCAAUUUCUGUCGUCGCCUGGGUCUUGUGUCAUGUGCAUACAAACAGUUUUCUGCGUUUUUUUUUGACGUUAUAGGCUGAUCGUAUCGGUAUUACCUAUUUGACUCGAGCGCUGCAUCAUUCAUUGUUGCUGAUUACGUCCUUAGGCUAAGAAUACCUAGGCCCGUUUAAGGGUUAGCAAUGUGUCUUUAACUGGACCACCUUUGUAGAUCGUGUGGUGUUAACUAUUCUUAACUUCCAUGUGCGUUGACCGACGACCGUUGUCCGUAAUAUGUGCUCGCAAUGGGCGAUAAUGUUGGCACAAAAUGAUUAACGCUUCUGAAUGUCACAAAUGGUUCCGACACCAAAACGGCAGUCUUGAUGAGUGUACACAGUGUGAAUGAAGCAAAACAACCCAAAGUUCGAACCCAGCCUCAUUGUUGUAAUGUACUGGCAUGCCUAUUGCCUAUAGCAGUAGCGGCGGAACACCUUCAAUUAAGGGGGAGGGGGGGGGGCACCGUCGACUUUUGGUCCCAUUCUUUCCAUGCAGCGCCCAUAGAGCUUAUGUUAAAAUGUCAAAAUCGAAGGGGGCACGGUGCCCCGGUGCCCCCCCCCCCCUCCCCCGUUCCGUCGCCUAUGGCCUAUAGCUACGUUGUACAGUUGACUGCAAAAUGAUGUCCCACUUUCCACAGGCAAUCAGUUGCCUGGAGUGAUAGGCUGUACCGCAUCACACGGGCUGCGUGACACAGUUUGAUGCUGUGACCCAACGCUCACCAUUUAUACGCUGAACUGCAAAAUAAGCGGAACAACUUAGCGUUCAAGUAAACUGAUGGCUUCUGAAGAGUGGAACAUCAUUCUGUAGUCAACUUUGCAAUGUUCACUUCACUCAGUUGAGCUAAACGCGACGCCACAGACCGUUAUGAUGAGUUCAUAGGUUUGUGUUCGGUUUAGAAAUGAAGGCAUUUGUGUUUUCCUUUGUCGGGCUGCCUUUACACAGCUUUGUCGAUUACUUUGUAUUCGUAUGCAAUAUGUAGGUAUGUCUGCUGUGCUGCGACUUUUUAACGCUUUAUCUCGCUUUUCGGGUAGAUUUUUCAGGAAACGUCUCAUAUCGCUCGUGACGCGGACUCGUGAUCGGCAUGAUUCGUUCGUAAUGUGUUUAUUUUUUAAAGGAAAAUAAAAAUAAUUGAAUUUG